CGGUCGGACUAGAUAGAUAGGUGCCCUCAGCUCUGCUCCUCGUUGACUUAGCAAUCAGUGAACAGUGGAAAUCACAGCGACGUGUAUACCCCGUUGUAUUUUUCAGUUUUAAAGCACAGUGCGUACUUUUUACUAGUAGUCGUUCAUUGCGGUGUUGAUCAGUUGGGUAUUGAAAAAAAUAUAUUGACAGACAACCACGGUCGUCCCGGUCGUCCCUCGUUCCGAGCAGCUGAAGGAAGAGGUUAAAAUGUCUGAAAACCUGUUGAACGAUGUUGAUCCCUUCAUCGUCGUCAGUGAAACACCCAUAGAAAUGGAACAUCGUCUUACCGAAGAGCUACAAGAGACUUCGUCGCAACACAAUGGUAUAGAGGAAAUCUCGGAUAUUGAAGUGAAUGAUUCAGAAUAUGCAGAACCUUUAACCCCUGAGAAAGUGAGAUGGUUCUAUAAGGAAGGAGUGGAUAAAAGAUGGGUGGAAUUUUGCGGAUACGACAGCCUCAGAAUUGAAUCUGUCUGGAGACGACAUAAAAGUUGCACAAAUGAAGUCAAUAACUCAACUUCUGACUCAAAAAUGGAAAGGGUAGUCGUCAGAGGAGGAAUGUAUGACGUAGAAUUAGACAAUAUGCGAUGCGUCUCCAUAUAUUGGCCAGGCGAAGAAUGGGAAAUAAUGAGGGGUACAUGGUUUUAUGAUGGCAGUUGGAUACCUCUGGAACCCGAACACUCAGGGGCUAUAGAAGAGACUCAUCUUACCUUGUUUCAAAAAUCAUCUCCCACCCAAUCUAGUUCAACAUCAGCAGCUAGCACUCCAUCACAUUCUUAUAAAGUUCUUCAUACAAAAAAUUUUCCCGAAUUCCAUGUGGAUUGGCAUGCAGUAGAUGAUGUAGCUCUCUACAGUGAAAAUACACCAAGCAAACUAAUGCGUAGCGUAACACUGAAAUUGGGAUUCACCAAAACAACGGGAUAUCGAUUGAGAAGAGGGUACAAGCAUCUUGCAAUUAUGGAAGAUAAACCACACGACAUCGAUCACUUAGUGUUUGUUGUUCAUGGUAUUGGACAGAAGAGAGACACGGGGAAGAUUAUUCGUAAUACAACAUCAUUCAGGGAGUGUGUGGAUUGGUUAAAACACAAAUAUUUUCCAAAUUUGACUCAUCGAGCAGAAUUUUUUCCUGUAGAAUGGAGAUCGUCGCUUAAGCUUGAUGGAGAUAUUGUGGAUGCCAUUACACCUUACAGUGUUCUAAGUAUUCGGCACCUCUUAAAUACUUCUGCAAUGGAUAUUCUCUACUACACGAGUCCUUUGUAUGGCGGUGAGGUCAGAGCAGGUCUACAAAGGGAGUUGAACCGAUUGUAUUUCAUGUUCGCUAGUCGCCAUCCGAAUUGGAAAGGGAAAGUAUCAAUUUUAGCACAUUCUUUAGGAUGUGUAAUUGUCUAUGAUAUAGUGACCGGAUGGAUGGGACCAGAUAACAGACCGCCAUCACCAGUGGCGUCAGAAGUUUCACCAGAAGGCUUACAAUUUCCUAUUGAAAACCUUUUUUGUCUGGGAUCCCCUUUGUCGGUGUUUUUAGCUCUCCGCACACGUGCGCCAUCCAACAGAAUUGGCGUGAUGCCACAAGAUCUCUGCAAGAGAUUUUACAAUAUUUUUCAUUGGUCAGACCCGGUAGCCUAUCGAAUGGAACCUCUGUUAGAAAGGGGAUACAGCAGAGUAGAACCAGUGGUCAUACCUCCAUAUGGCGGAGUCGACGGCCAACAAUAUGAACAAUCAUCUCCAUCUUCAUCCAGUACAGUUUAUGCAAAUCCACCUGCCACAGUCGGAGAAAGCGAUGAGAAGGAUGAAAGUCCGGUUGACACACCAACUCGUAAUACGGACAAAGGAUGGAGUCUCUGGGGCUUGGUGAGAGGUGGCUGGAGUACAAAAGAUGGAGGAUCUUUGCCAACGCCGGAUAUGAAUCCACCGUUUCAUCCUGAUCAAGAAUUGAAACCAAGAUUGGAUUACGUACUACGAGCAGUUGGCUUAGGGCGAAACUACUUAUAUACAGUAACGGCGCACACAGCUUACUGGAGCAACUAUGAUGUGGCUUACUUCGUGCUUACAAAACUCUUUCCUACACUGGAGACAUGAUGUUGGCUUAAAUUUUCUCACAUGGGGUCUUUUUGGACCCUGUCGAACCCCACUAGUCCAUCACAGGCCUAUAGGACCUGAGCUUGCUAUGAGGCCUGCCACCGAAAACAAUCUGUGAUAACGGAAAAACGAUACAAUAACCAAUAACAUAAAUAAAAAAGUUGGAACGAAAAAUAAUAAAAAAACUACAAAACUAUCUAGGGGUAAAAUUUUGCAUGAUAUGCAAGAUCAAGGCUAAAUAGAUGAAUUUUACAGCUUAGGAUCAUAUGCCUAUGAAGUUUUACAGUAUUGUACAGGAAUAUAGUUAAUAUGAAGAAAAACAUGGAAAUCGGUGCUGCGUACAUUCAUAAAAAGUAGAGUCUCGUCUAAUUUGGUGUACACCACUACGUCUGAAAACAUAUCGAUAAAUAUAAUCGAAAAUAUAUGACAAUUCGAAGAAUAGUAUCCAAUUAUCAAACGUCUAAUCUUUAUUGAAAAAUCUCUAUAUACUUACACAAAUUGGCUGAAUGACUUCCAAAGCACAAUCAUAAGUGUGUGAAGUUGCAUGUCCAUUCGUACUGUGUUCAUGCAUUUCUCUGUUAUGUGCACACUGAUAUCACCACCAUUUGUGUACUGAAAUUUUAUUAUGGUCUCAAUCAUAUUGUAACAGAUUGGGAGUACGCUGUCAAAAUCAGACAACAUUAUCCAUAAUUUGAUCGCAAACGUAGAUGGCAGUCGAACAGAGUUCAAAGUGUAGUAGGAAUUACGAACGUAUCUUUUUUUUAUAACUAACUAAUCAAUGAAUCGAGUUUUAUAGAAGCUCUGAUGCAAAAAGCUCUAAGCUCUAAUGUACGAUACUUGACCAAUCAGAAAAUUUGAUAACGCAGUGGCUAAUCAUUUUUUAGUAUGACGUGAGGAUGUUUAUUGUACAUAAUUAACCGUAUUUACUAAAUUUAAUACCUACUUAGAGAAUAUUUAGAGUUUUACAUAUUUUAUUAUUACCCGCGAACAAAGGCCCAAUAUUCAAAGUCUGAUAAUAUUAUUAGUCUUGCUUGUAGCGCUCAUGUUGUUUUGAGACAAUUGAGAAGAAUUGAUCUCGCUGUUGUCUUUCAUUAGCAAAAUAUCAACAAAUAAUGUUACUGUUAAAUAGUGAUCGAACAAAUGGCACUGUGAAAUUUUCAAUGCUACUAUUAAAUGAAUAUUAGUGAAACAGGGUAUAUUGUGUCAUAUUUAUGAAAAAAUAACUAACAUUAUGCUGAUAGUAUAACAGCUCUAUUGGCGGUAUUUUAAUAAGAGCAGACUGGAAAGACUAGACUGUCUGGUCCCAAUCGUGCUUUGCGUCUCCGGUCUUGAAAAAUUGUGUAAAUUUACUUCAUAAACAUCACAGUUCAAAUCUUGUCGCAUACCAUAUACAAUAAGAUCAAUUUGCAUAUUGAACAUCCAUCUAAUUUUGGGCUAAUCUCAUUUUGUCCGAAAGUUUUUCUAGAUACACGAUUGGCGUUCGUUUAUUAGUAAGAAAAAAAAAAAAAAAAAUAUCCAUCGCUGAUUCAGUGCUGUUUGGAUCUAUAUAAGUUAUUCAACGUACAGAAAUAAGAUUUUUAUGUAAUCAUCGAUACAAGACACACUGAUAGUCACUCUUCCCCUAAUUAAAACAACAAAAGAAACUUUUUAACAGUUUUUAUUCCAAAACUACGUAAAACUCAACGCUUAAAUAUUUGAUUAACUUCAUCAGCAGGAUAUAACAUCUGCAGUUAGCCAUAAUAUCAUAACGCUCUAUUACGAUUAUUCUCUGAAUCAUGUUCUUACAAGGAACUACAAGGAUGUCAGAACUAAUUUGCCAUUACAAACGAUAAUUUUGCAGAUAUCUACCGUUGUGUUUCAUUCUUUCUAUUCUAAAUUAGACGCAUAUUUUGGAAUAUUUUCAUCUCUAUGAAUCAUCAUUUAAAAAAUUACAAUGCUAAUUUCUGAUCUAAUAAUCGCGAUCAUAUUAUGUUCUGUCAGCAUAACUCUGCUGAACUGAUAAGGAUUUUCCUACCUAGAGCAAAAGAAGAAACAAAUAAUAAUAUUGCUUAUUAAAUUGGUGGCCGUCAAUAAUUAACUUUAUUAGAAUUCCAUUGUUACUGUGUUCUGAUACUGUUACGAUUUCGAAAUUCCUAUUCAGCUAUGAAUUUGACUUUUCUUGUAAACUUAAUUAAUGCAUCAACUGAAAGACUACGUAAAUUUGAAGACUGCUAUAUUAAAUAUAUCAUACAUAUUCAUUGAACACUAUGGUAGGCUGUAGAAUCUUCGGUAUGCUAGAGCAUAAAACGUGCACUGUUCACAUAGCGAAUCUCAUGGUCUACUCGAUUCAUAGACUAAUGGUUUCGUUUGAAAGGGCUUGGGAGUUGAUAUCGGCUUGUAUAGCUUAGUUUUUAUAAUUACUGACUGAAAUGCAAUUGUGGCUUUUUGUCUUCCGAAUCUGAUAGGAGAAAAGAAAAAAAAAAUGGGCCUACAUACUUACAUCUAAUUGCCUACACAUUUAGUAAUAAUUUAGUACACAGUAACUUUGGUGUAACAUAAAUUACAAUUUGAUUUCAAGUUGAAUGGGUCACAGAAACUUUUUACCUAUUUUCAGUCACGUACGAAUUUUUCGACUUCAUUAGGCUCUCUGAUAAUCUAUCGUACCUUUGCACAGAGUACUAAGAAUACUGUAGUAUACUUAUGUCAGGUCAUAAUAUUGAAAUCUUCUAUCUGUUAAUCGAUGAAGUAUCAGAAUUAUGUCGUAUGGACUGGCAUUUUAACAUCAUACACCAAAAAUAUCUAAAUAAAAAUUAAGUAUUAGGAAGAACACAACAUAAUUGUAUUUAUACAUAGUUGAAAAAUUACCUUUAUUUUGCAGUUUGAAUACAAAUGUUGUUACUAUCAAAAUA